CGCCAUUUUGGGAUGCAGUGGAGGUUUGAAUGGCGGCCUACAUUUCCCAGAAUACACCGCAUCCGCGUUUUGUGGUGGGCAAAGCAACGCGAUGGCGGGUAUUUCCACGCGACUGCAGUGGUGAAGAAGUGAGAAUCUUUGAAGUGGAGCUGAAUUAUUCCUCCUCAUCAGACUGAAGUGAAUGAAACGGAACCCUGAUGGAAGAACUCAGGUUCCGGUGUGUGUUCCUGCUGCUGCUCCUGACUUCCGGUUGCUUUUCUCAUAGCCAGGCUGCUAAACUCAACAUCCCCAAAGUCCUGCUCCCUCUGGCCAGGAGCACCAAGAUCAACUUCACUCUGGAGGCCACUGAAGGCUGCUACAGAUGGUCGUCGAACAGACCCGAGGUGGCGAGUGUCGAGUCCAUAGACGUGGACGAGCGUCAGUGUUCUCAGAGAGCCGUGCUUCAGGCUCGCUCCACUCAGCUCUCGCGCCUCACCAGUAUUAUUCUAGCCGAGGACGUCGUGACGGGGCAGGUGUUACGCUGCGACGCCAUCGUGGACGUCAUCAGCGAGAUUCAGAUUGUCUCCACCACACGGGAGCUCCACCUGGAGGACUCGCCCCUGGAGCUGAUGAUCCAUGCGCUGGAUUCAGAGGGAAACACGUUCAGUACGCUGGCUGGUCUGGUGUUCGACUGGAGCCUCGUGAAGGGCACAGAGACGGCCACGUUCCCCGAUACUUACAGCUCGUUACGAGUUCUGAAGUUCUCCGAGUCGACCUACACGCCGCCGGUGCACAUCUCGGAGAUGGAGCGAGUCGGGAAGCAGGGAGAUAUCAUCCUGGUGUCUGGGAUUAAAACUGGCCACGCGAAACUGAAAGCUAAAAUCCAGGAGCCUCUGUACACGCAUGUUGGAGCUGCUGAGGUGCAACUGCUGAUUCUGGAGAACAUCCUCCUGAGUCCCGCCUACGACGUCUACCUGCUCGCCAGAACCUCCAUCAAGUACAAGGUGCAGAAAAUCCGUCAAGGAAAGAUCACAGACCUCUCCAUGCCGUGUGACCAGUACGAGCUCCAGCUGAAGAACAGCAUCGUCGCUCCUGGAGGAGAUCCGUAUUCUGCGGUGGCCGAGCUCGAUCCCGGAACCUCCACGGUCCUCGCCCUUCAGCACGGGCAAACCAACAUCGUCCUGGAUCACAAGACUCUGGGGAUGAAGGGAGCAUCCCGGCUUCCAAACAGCACGCUGUACGUAGUGGAACCCGGGUACCUCGUGUUUAAGAUAAACCCCGGAGAACGCUGGGUUCUGGAGACCGGGAGAACCUACGAGAUCUUCAUUGAAGUGUUCGACAAGUCCAGCAACAAGAUUUAUCUAUCGGAUAACAUCCGGAUAGAACCCACCUUCCCUAAAGAGUUCUUCGUGGUUCUGGAGUCGUCCCUGAACGGAUCGUACCACCGCGUGAAAGCGCUGAAGAACGGACAGACGGUCAUCGAGGGGAUGCUGAGGGCCGUCGUCGAUCAGAGAGGAACCGAACACGCACUUCCUGUCCCGGUGAGGAACGAACAGGACGUCGAAAUCUACAACCCCAUCAUCCUCAAUCCCUCCAUCCUCACGUUCCCAUGGCAACCGAAAGAAGGAGCGUAUCAGUACACCAUCAAGGCGAGUGGAGGAAGCGGGAACUUCAGCUGGUCCUCCUCAAACACGGCCGUCGCUACGGUUACGGUGAAGGGCGUGAUGACGACGGUGCGCGACAUCGGAGUGAGUACGGUGUACGCUCACGACCUGCGGAACCCGCUGCAUUACGGAGAGAUGAAGGUGUACGUGAUCGAGCCCGUGAGGAUGGAGUUCGCGCCGUGUGUGGUGGAGGCUCGGGUGAAUCUGGCUCUGGAGCUCCCGUUGCGUAUCUUCGGCCAGCUGAGCUCCGAGGACGGAGAGAAGGUCACGCUGAGCGACUGCUCACACUUUGAUUUGCAGGUCCAGAUGGAAAAUCACGGCGUGUUCCAGCUGCAGCAGGGACGUUUACCCCCGGGUCAGCAGCACUGCAGCGGUGUGCGUGUCCAGGCCGUAUCUCCGGGUUACACAAACCUGCUGGUCAGUUACACACACGGGAACGUUCACCUGAACGCCAAGAUCACCAUCGCUUCAUACCCACCUCUCCGAGCUGUGGAUCCGGUCUCUGUUGCUCUCGUUACUCUCGGCUCCUCUAAAGACAUGCUGUUCGAGGGCGGCCCGAAGCCGUGGAUCCUCGAACCUUCCAAGUUCUUCAGAAACCUGACAGCUGAGGAUCCGAACAGCGUCGCGCUCACGAUAACGGGCCCGGCGUCACGCAAUUACUUCACUCACCAUGUCAGAGCGUCGUGCCGCGCCCUCGGGGAACAGGUGUUGGCGGUGACGGUGGGGAAUCGGCCGACGCUCACUAAUCCCUUCCCGGCGGUGGAGCCGGCGGUGGUGAAGUUUGUGUGCGCUCCUCCAUCACGCCUGGCGCUCAUCCCCGUCUACACCAACGCCCAGCUCGACCUGUCCUGCCCCCUGCUGCAGCACAACAAACAAGUGGUUCCUGUGUCUAAUUACCGGAACCCGGACUUGGACGUGGCGGCGUUUGACCAGCAGGGCAGGAAGUUCGAUAACUUCAGCUCUCUGAGUGUGACCUGGGAAACCUCCAGAGCAGCGCUGGCCAGCCUCGAGUCCAACAAGCCCAUGGAGCUGUACAUCACUGAGGAGAAAAACACCAAGCAAAGGAAACUCCACGGACGUCAGACGGUGUUUGUUCAUCACGAGUCUGGCGUGGCAGCCAUCACUGUGAGUGCGCUGGGCUACCAGACGUCUCACCUGGAGAAAGCGGCUGUUCUGCCUGGGUUUGAGCCUCUGACGAUGGUCUCUGCUACACUGGAUCUCCUGUUGGUUGAGGAUGUGGCUGUGACCCCACAGUCUGUCUCCAUUUACAAUCACCCAGAUGUGCGGGCCGAGCUCACGCUGCGAGAAGGCUCGGGUUAUUUCUUCAUCAAUACGAGCGUUCGGGGAAUCGCUGACGUGGAGUUUCAGGAGUCUCAGGGAACUGCUGAGGUGGUUCCGGUGCGUCCCGGUGUCCUCCAGGUGAUGGUUCACGACCUCUGCUUGACCUUUCCCGCUCCUGCUACAGCCACGGUGCACGUGUCGGACAUCCUGGAGGUUUACGUGCGUGUGGUUGAUAAGGUGGAGAUCGGGAAGUCUGUGAGAGCAUACGUUCGAGUUUUGGACGACAACAAAAAGCCGUUUCUUGCCAAAUAUUUCUCUCAUAUGAAUCUGAAACUGAAAGCUGCAUCAUCCAUCGUGUCUCUGCAACCUUUAUCGGAGUACUCCGAGAAGGACACGGCGACGUUCCUGGUCAAAGGCCUGGUGAUCGGUCAGACGAGUAUCUCUGCUGUCGUGAGCGAUAAAGCCGGGAGAACGAUCUCAUCUGCACCACAACAAAUCGAAGUUUUCCCACCUUUCAGGCUGCUCCCGAGAAAAGUCACGCUGAUUAUCGGGGCGUUGAUGCAGAUCACAUCAGAAGGAGGUCCACAGCCUCAGUCCAAUAUCCUGUUCUCCUUAAGCGACUCGAACAUCGCCUCCGUUAACAGCAUCGGUCUGGUUCGGGGCGUCGCCGUGGGCAACAUGACCGUUACAGGAGUCGUGCAGGCCGUCGAUACGGAAAGCGGCAAACUGGUGGCGAUCUCGCAGGAUCAGGUGGAGGUGGAGGUGGUGCAGCUGAAAGGCAUCCGAAUCAGAGCGCCCAUCACUAGGAUGAAGACCGGCACCAUGAUGCCAGUCUAUGUGAUGGGACUAACGAGCAGCGAGACUCCGUUCUCCUUCGGUAACGCUCUUCCAGGACUCGCGUUCCACUGGAGCGUGACCAAGAGAGACAUCCUGGACGUCCACACGCGCCAUUCAGAGGCCUCCGUUACGCUUUCUGCCGAGCACAACUUCGCCAUGAGCGUGUCGGGCCGCAGUAAAGGCCGCACUGGACUGAAGGUGGUGGUGCGAGCGACGGCUCCAGAAGCCGGGCACCUGUGGGGCAACAAGCUGGAGCUGAGUGACGAGAUCCAGAUCCAGGUUUAUGAGAAAUUGCAGCUGCUGAAUCCAGAAGUGCAGGCUGAGGAGCUUUUAAUGUCCCCGAACUCCUUAUUACAACUUCAAACCAACCGGGAUGGAGUGGGUUCUCUGUCGUAUCGGGUUCUCGACUGUCCCGAUAAAGCUCCUCUGAUCCACGUGGAUGAUAACGGCCAUCUCGCGUCAGGCUCUCUGACGGGCACGGCGUCGUUACAGAUCACCGCUCAGGAGAGCUUCGGGGUCAACCAGACUAUCAUCCUCGCUGUGAAGGUGGUGACCGUGUCGUACCUGAGACUGAGCACCGGUCCGGGUUUCUACACCUCUAACAGAGAGACGCUGUCGGCCGUCCCGCUCGGCUCCGUCCUCACCUUCACCGUCCACUUCCACGACAGCAGCGGUGAAGCUCUGCACAGCCACAACUCCCAGCUCACCUUCUCCACCAACAGGGACGACCUGGUGCAGGUGGGUAAAGGUGUGAGUAACAGCUCUCUGACAGUGAGGACAGUAAACGUGGGUUUGACGCUGUUGAGUGUUUGGGAUUCGGAGCAAAGCGGCCUGGUGGAUUACGUCGCUCUGCCCGUCCAUCACGCCAUCCAGCCGGCCGACGCCCACAACCUGGUGCCCGCUGACGUGGUGUGUUUUUCAGCGCAGCUCGUCAGCCGUGACGGGCUCUCAGGAACAUGGAGCUCUUCAUCCAGCGCCAUCCUGGAGAUCCAUCCCAAAACGGGCGUGGCUGUAGCGAGAGACGUGGGCACAGUGACGGUUUAUUACGAGAUUCCGGGACAACUGCGCACUUACAGAGAGGUCGUUGUGAACAGCGUCUCCAAGACAGUCGUCACGGUUCCCUCGGGCUCCGUGAGAAACGAGAGAGAAACCAAAGUGCUCCUGACCACCAGAGAACGAGGAACCAACCUGAUCGGAAGCUGCUCGCACGCUCAGUUGGAAAGCGUCUCGUCUCUGCAGCCGGAGAAGUCCAUCAGUUGCCGUCUGCAGUUCACCAGCGACGCCGUCGACUUCUCCGCUCACGACGUCUAUCACACACACACCACCUUCGACACGAGCGCAGGUGUGUACGGCUGCGUGUUAACCCUCGGGCCGAUGACGGAGCAGCAGGUGAAGGUUCUGGGCGUGUCCAUGAGCGGCGUGAGGGUGGAGGCGGAUGUAGAGGGCAGUCGUUUUUCAGGAGAGCGAGUCGGCGCUGAGCUGCAGGUGAAUCCCGGGUUCUACUCCGAUCAGACGCACAUCAUCCUGAGCAGCCAGCACUCCACCGCCGAGCUCAGUGUAUACGGAGGCACGGGACUGCUGCAGCACCUGCAGGUGAAGUCGAGCUCUCCCUCCAUCCUGGUCCAGGAGAAGGAGGUUUCCUCCACCUACCCCAGCUUCAUCAGAUACUCCGUGACCCUGCUAGACCUGCACGACGUCACGUCUGCCUCUCUGACCGUGUCGAGUCCCGGCACCGAACAACAACUCGUCGUCCCCAUCACCGUCGUACACGCUGGAGAGACCAUCUCCACCCCCAGAGCGGGUGUGGUCGGAGGAGAGGGAGUCGGGAUCCUGCAGCAGUUUGUGGACUCGUAUCAGGUCAUGUUCUUCACCCUGUUCGCCCUCCUGGCUGGUACAGCCGUCAUCGUUAUCGUGUGUCACGCCGUUUUCUCUCCGAAAGACCCAUCCGUUCAUCCCGCCUUCAUCGCCAGGACUCCGCCCCCUCCAGCGUCUCCGGUCGCGGGUCAUUUUAACCACUCGCUCCACUCGUCUGAUCUGAGGAGCAGUCCGAAGCUGCGUCUGUUCUCUCCGGACUAUAACUCUCGCUGAAAUCCAGCCGGAAACGCGCAGACAUCGCUCCGUCUGCAGACCAAGUGCCUUUAAUACGAAGAAAAACGCACUCUAGUGGUGUGUGUGUGUGUGUGUGUGUGAGAGAGUGCGUGUGUGUGUGUGUGUGAGAGAGUGCGUGUGUGUGUGUGUGUGAGAGAGUGCGUGUGCGUGCGUGUGCACGCUCAGUAAUCUGGAAUCAGCCUUCAAGUGUGUGAAAUUUGUUGCACUGCAGGUAGAUGUGUGUGUGUGUGUGUGUGUGUGUGUGUGUGUGUGUGUGUGUGUGUGUGUGUGUUGCUUCCUGAUAUCUACUUUUGCUCGUUUGUGUUUUGUUUUUGUAAAAGCGGUUAUUUAUAAUAUCCUAGCUUGUGUUUUUUUUUUUUCUCUGCAUCUUUUAUAACUCCGGGCAUUUAUUAUUUGUUUUGUUCCAGUCGAUCUGAUGAAUCUGUGAAUCCGUGAAAACUCAGGUCCUCACAUCCGACUCGCUCAUCACGCGAUGUUGUUGUUGUUGUGAUCGUAUUGUGCAAAUACUGAAUCCGUCCUCGCUACGCAUCGCUCGGGGGGAAAAGUGUGUUCCUGCAGAGAGUAAAAUCCUCGGCCAGUUUAUUCUGUUGUGAAGUGAAAACGUUUCUACUGUGUCUGACGCAGCGUCAACUCGUCACGUCUGAGCCACUGGGCAGCUUCUCCAUUACUCAUGUGAAACAACUGACGGUCUAAAAUUACUGCUCGUGUCUGGGGUACAAAAGUCUGAGUCAGGUAGCAAGAACUGUUUUUAAUCCGACGACCCUCAGAAAUAAUAAUAAUAAUAAUAAUAAUAAUCAGAAGUGGCGACGUGCGGGGGCCAAGCACCGUUUGGAGCUCGCGCCCCUAAUGCCGAGUUCUUUCCAGGUUGCAUCAAACACCAAAGCAGCCAUACGUUCGUUUUGUGAUGAUAGCUCAACGCUAACACUGCGACGUGUGCUCUGCAAGCUGAUUGGCUGAUAGCGAAAGCGGCCAUGUUUUUAUUUGUGAAUUUUUAGUAUUUUUUUUUUUGAAAUUCCGCUCUCAACGAUGUAGGACACCACAUUUCAGCUUGAUCUAACUUGGCGUGCCUGAGAAACGUAUUUGAAUUGAACCCCGCCCCCUAUAGAUAGCCACGCCCCCAACCUUUACACAUGACCUUCGCGUUUAGUCCGUUCGAGUUUCACGCGAGUGCCGCGUGUCGUAGCCGAUCGAGGAAACGACGCUCCGCCGUUCCGCGGUCGUAGAUGUGGCUGCCAUUCUGUUUAUAAACAUGUUCCGAGUAGGUUUGCACCGAUUUUUGUAACGAUGUGGCAACAAGUCCAGCACGACUUCGCAGAAGUAGUUUCCGCAUAUUGUGUGAAUGAGGUGAAACGACGCCCGAAGCAGCUGGAGUUCGCGCGACACGAGUAGUUUUAGGAUUAGUUCGUUUAGAUUAGUUUAAGGAAAAUGAUCACGACCGUCGUGUUCCUGUCACCGGGUGCUCGGCCCCGAUGCGUGGGUGAAAUCCGCGCCGGGACAGCUAUACAGUUCAUUUUUGUGUUCGUGCGUCACUUCCGUAUUUAAAAUGGAAGGAUUGUUCAAACGGAGGAUUUCUGUUGAGCUUUUUUGAGGAAAUUAUAAACAGUUUAUUGGUCGUGGACUCAGACUUUUGAACUCCCUUUGACUCGAGAUUCCUCACGUGUUCGAACGUAUUCUGUACACGUGACUCUUGUGAAUUGUUUUUGAUCAGAAUUGUGAAUUUAUUUGACCUGUAUACCUCAGGGGUCAGGGCUCGGUACCAUGUCGUCGGUGUUUCUCAGCCUCGAACACCGCAGCGGAGUAUAAAAUAAAAUAAAGAUUGUUUGGGCUUUUUUUUUAUUUUAUUAAUCUUUUUAAUUUCCUCCUGUGAAUCACAUGUGAAACUUUUGACAAUGUGAGUUUUAUGUUUUGAGGUGUUUAGCCACGCCCCCUCAUCCUCAUCACUCAGCUGAUAACGAGACAAAAUCCUUCCUGAUUAUAUUUGAGUAAAUGUCGGACUGCUUUUCUGUAAGAUGUCAACAUUUGUUGCUGUUUUGCUGAUUAAAACCUUUUUCUAAAAACA